AUGUACAGGAAUGUAGAGGUCCAAAUUGGUCAAAUUGCUAGUUCUUUGAAUAAUCGUAAUCAAGGAGAAUUACCUAGCAAAACGGAGGUAAAUCCUAAGGAGCAUGUCAAAGCCAUUACUCUUCGUAGUGGUAAGCAAUUAGAAGAUCCUCCAGUGAUGGAAGUUGAGAAAGAUGAGAAUGAAAAACAAGAAGAAAAGCAGAGGAACCAAGAGGCGAUAGUGGAAGAAAAUAGCCGGGAGAAAUCAAGAGAAAAUCAACCAUCAUCUUCCGCUACCAUUCCAAUACCUCCUGCGUGUGCAAAAUUGUUAAGAGUUCUAAGAAGGCGUAAGAAGGCAAUUGGAUGGACAAUUUCAGACAUUAAAGGAUAUAAUCAAAUAGCUAUAGCUCCAGAGGAUCAAGAGAAGACUACAUUUACAUGUCCUUAUGGCACUUUUGCCUUUAGAAGAAUGCCAUUUGGUUUAUGCAAUGCUCCUGCAACUUUUCAACGAUGCAUGAUGAGAUGCGAGGAAACAAAUCUUGUUGAAUUGGGAGAAAUGCCAUUUUAUGGUAAAAGAAGGAAUUGUCUUAGGCACAAGAUUUCCUCCAAGGGAAUUGAGGAAUUUGAUGUGGAGAUAAAAGACAAAAAGGGAACGGAGAAUCUAGUAGCAGAUCAUCUAUCACGCCUAGAAUAUAUUCCAGUCAAGGAUCAAGUUCUAUUCAAGAGAAUUUCGGAUGAGUUUGUCCUAGCAAUUAUCAAUUCUCCAUGGUAUGCUGAUAUUGCUAAUUUUUUGGUGGUCAUUUUAGCACUUCAAAAACUGUGGCAAAGGCACAAGACAUCACUCCCGUACCAUCCUCAAGCCAAUGGACAAGCGGAGCUAGCUAAUCGUGAGAUAAAGCUCAUUUUGGAGAAAACUGUGAAUAAAUCACGCAAGGAUUGGGCUACAAAGCUAGAUGACACACUAUGGGCUUACCGAACGGCAUUUAAGACUCCCUUAGGGAUGUCGCCGUAUCGUUUAGUCUAUGGAAAAUCUUGUCACUUACCUGUAGAGAUUGAACAUAAAGCUUAUUGGGCUAUUAAAGCAAUUAAUAUGGAUUUUAAUCUUGCAGGUGGAAGGAGAUUACUUGAGCUGAGUGAAUUGGAGAACACCGUUUUGGGACAAAAGAAAGAAGGACGGUUGCACGUCAUUUACUAUGCUAGCAAGUUGCUAAAUGAGGCACAACUCAAUUAUGCAACUACAGAAAAAGAGCUAUUGGCAGAAUUUGAUGUGGAGAUAAAAGACAAAAAGGGAACGGAGAAUCUAGUAGCAGAUCAUCUAUCACGCCUAGAAUAUAUUCCAGUCAAGGAUCAAGUUCUUAUUCAAGAGAAUUUUCAGGAUGAGUUUGUCCUAGCAAUUAUCAAUUCUCCAUGGUAUGCUGAUAUUGCUAAUUUUUUGGUGGUCAUUUUAGCACUUCAAAAACUGUGGCAAAGGCACAAGACAUCACUCCCGUACCAUCCUCAAGCCAAUGGACAAGCGGAGCUAGCUAAUCGUGAGAUAAAGCUCAUUUUGAAGAAAACUGUGAAUAAAUCACGCAAGGAUUGGGCUACAAAGCUAGAUGAUACACUAUGGGCUUACCGAACGGCAUUUAAGACUCCCUUAGGGAUGUCGCCGUAUCGUUUAGUCUAUGAAAAAUCUUGUCACUUACCUGUAAAGAUUGAACAUAAAGCUUAUUGGGCUAUUAAAGCAAUUAAUAUAGAUUUUAAUCUUGCAGGUGGAAGGAGAUUACUUGAGUUGAGUGAAUUGGAGAAACACCGGUUACAUGCAUACGAAAAUGCCAAAAUUUAUAAAGAAAAGAUCAAAUAUUGGCAUGACAAGCACAUUAUUCCUAAACAAUUUCAGGUAGGGCAAAAAGUGCUUUUAUUCAAUUCACGCCUGAGGUUAUUUCCAGGAAAAUUGAAGUCAAGGUGGUCUGGACCAUUUGAAAUCACUCAAGUAUUUCCCUAUGGAGUGGUUGAAGUGGCAAAUUCAAGAAAUGAAAGGUUUAAGGUCAAUGGACAACGAUUGAAACCCUACUUGGCAGGUGAAAUCGUACCCAAGGGGCUUAUAUGUCUUUUGGGCGAGUCCUCUUCAAUUUAA